AUGCAUCUCAUAACUGCCCGAUUUGGAAGAACGACGCCGCUUGUUGGUGUCCGGGGUGCCUUGUGGGAAAAUGUGUUUCCUGGUGGGAACAAUAGCCACUGCUGGCUGGCCAGCCCUGCUCACACUAAACCAGGAGACGAUGCGCGAAUGGCUAUUGUUGCCGCGUCUCGAACGAAUUGCAGGUCGCUCUCUGUGGGCACAGACGCCUCGGCCGAGCUCAGCGACGAGUGCCGCUCCUGCUCGUCGCCGACCUACGUCCGCACACGCUGUUCCGACGACACCACCCGCCCGCGCUGCUCGCUCGCGUCGCCCCUGCUGUGUCUGUACAGCCCGCUCGGCAAGCUCACCAGGAAACUCAAGCGCGCCGUCUUGCCCGCCCCGAUCGUCACUGCCUCGCGCAAGUCUGCCUCCGACUCGCUCACCUCGGUCAUGUCUGUGUCCACGGCCAACACCUCGCCGCUCACCUCGCCCUCCGCCAACCUCAAGCUGCUCAGCCCGCUGAUGCCUGCACCGCCACAGACACACACCGCCGCGCCAGACAUCGCGGACGAGUACUUCCUCAGGCACCAGCAGCGGUCUGCCGGCCGCGCGCACCAAGCCGGCUCGACCUCUGCCUCCUCCGCCACAGACUUUGACAGUCUGUACUCUCUAGACGACCAGUCCUGCGACCGGGUCUCGCUCCACAUCCGGGCCAGCAGCGAGCUGCUGCUGGGCGCACAGGCGCGCGAGCUCAGCUCGCUGCUGGCCGCCACGCACGACAGCCCCGGCUGGAGCGUCAAGGACGGCCUGCUCAUUCCUGCAGACGCGGCUCCCGAGCACGAGCUCGAGCACGAGCGCGAGCCGCGCGACCAGGACACGGUGGCCGACCUCGUGGCCACCGACGUGCUCGAGCGGCUCAACCUGCAAUGA